AUGGGUACUUGCGCUAAACUUCUGCAUGUGGCUCUGCUUCUUCUGGGUACUACUUGUGGUUUGAGUGCUAGUAUACGUACUAGUGGUCAUGGAGAGAGAAGCCUUGGUAGUGUAAGGAAUGGCGGUGGUGGUGGUGAUGAUGAUUAUUGCUCAUAUCGAAAUUGGAGGAGUUGUGGGAGUUUCUUUGGAAGAGGGGGUAGAGGUCUUGCUGCAGAUGGUAAAGGAGUGAGUCAUGGUGGAGGUGGAGGUGGUGAUGAUGAUACAGCUAGUGGGUCAAGUUAUGGAGCUGGGGGUGGUGGAGGAGGAGGAGGAGGGGAAGGUGGUGGGGGAGGUCCAACUGGUGGAGGGUUUGGUCAUGGUAGUGGAUUUGGCAUUGGAGUUGGUGGAAUAGGAGGAGGUGGUGGAGGAGGAGGUGGAGGUGGUGGUGGUAGUGGUUUUGGAAGAGGAUCAGGUCAUGGUAGUGGAUAUGGUGUAGGUGCAGGGGUUGGUAUAGGAGGCGUUAAAGGAGGAGGUGGAGGUGGUGGUGGUGGUGGUUUCGGUGAUAGUGGAGGGUAUGGCCAUGGUGGUGGUUUUGGUGCAGGAGCUGGUGAUGGAGGCAUUGGAGGAGCAGGAGGAGGUGGUGGUGGUGGUGGUGGUGGUGGUAGUGGUGCUAAUGGAGGGAUCGGCCAUGGUAGUGGUUUUGGUGCAGGAGUUGGUGUUGGAGGCAUUGGAGGUGGAGGUAGUAAAGGGGGUGGUACUGAAGGUGUUGGUGGUGAAGGUAGUGGCUCUGGUGGAGGUGAGGGUGUAAAUGGUGGUAGUAGUGGUGGUAAAGGUGUUGGCAUAGGAGGAGGUGUUGGCCAAGGCUAUGGCGGCAAUAAUGGGAUUGGUAUAGGAUUCGACAUUGGAAUUGGAUUUGGAUUUGGUGUUGGAAGCAGUGGAAUUGAAGAUAGCAGUAAUAAUGGUAAUAGUGAGCCCUAA